AUGCCUGAUUGCAUGACCUAUGAACAAGGUGCUUUGAUUGAACCUCUCACUGUUGCAGUUCAUGUUGUGAAACGCACACCUGUAGUAGAACUAGGUUCAUCUUCCUCCAUCAUUGCCAUUGGUGCCGGCCCUAUUGGGCUCUUUGUGGCAGCGGUGGCACAUGCUCGAGGUGUUUCCGAUUGUCUUGUCAUGGACAUUGACCAAACACGCUUGGAUUUUGCUCAGCAGUAUCUGCCUGGUAUCAAAACCGAAUUACUGCCCAUGCCAAUGCAUCUUUUGCAGGUGGCAUGGGCAGAACAGCAAGCUGUUUUAUUGCAAUUGAGUGCAGAUGCCAUUGACGUUGUAUUUGAAUGUACAGGGGCUGAGACCAGCAUUUGCUUAGCUAUGCACACAGUACGUCGAGGAGGUGUCGUCAUGUUGAUUGGCAUGGGCAUGGUGCAAUGUGUGAUGCCCAUUGAUUUGAUAUCGACGCGGGAGAUUGAUGACAGGGGCAAUUUUAGAUAUGCUCAGGCACAUGAAGAAGCUAUUGCAUUGGCGGCUCAUGGAUACGUAUCUAUGGAGGAAUUGGUCACACAUCGUUUUUCAUUAAGCCAAACAGUGGACGCCUUUGAGCAAGCACAGCAAUCAUCUCAUGUCAUCAAGAUUCAUAUUGCAUGUUAA